AUGUACCAGAGCUUGGCCAUGGCGGCCAACCACGGCCCCCCUCCCGGGGCCUACGAGGCGGGCGGCCCCGGCGCCUUCAUGCACAGCGCGGGCGCUGCGUCCUCGCCAGUCUACGUGCCCACGCCGCGGGUGCCCUCAUCUGUGCUGGGCCUGUCUUAUCUCCAGGGCGGAGGCGGGGGCGCCGCGUCCGGAGCCACCUCUGGCGGCAGCUCCGGUGGGGCCCCGUCGGGUGCCGGGCCCGGAACCCAGCAGGGCAGCCCGGGCUGGAGCCAGGCGGGAGCCGAGGGAGCCGCCUACACCCCCCCGCCGGUGUCGCCGCGCUUCUCCUUCCCGGGAACCACUGGGUCCCUGGCGGCCGCCGCCGCCGCCGCCGCGGCCCGGGAAGCCGCGGCCUACAGCAGUGGUAGCGGAGCUGCGGGUGCGGGCCUGACGGGCCGCGAGCAGUACGGGCGUGCGGGCUUCGCAGGCUCCUACUCAAGCCCCUACCCCGCCUACAUGGCCGACGUGGGCGCGUCCUGGGCCGCGGCCGCCGCCGCCUCCGCCGGUCCCUUCGACAGCCCGGUCCUGCACAGUUUGCCCGGUAGGGCCAACCCCGCUGCCCGACACCCCAAUCUCGAUAUGUUUGAUGACUUCUCGGAAGGCAGGGAGUGUGUCAACUGUGGGGCCAUGUCCACCCCGCUCUGGAGGCGCGACGGGACGGGGCAUUACCUCUGCAAUGCCUGCGGCCUCUACCACAAGAUGAACGGCAUCAACCGGCCCCUGAUCAAGCCCCAGCGCCGGCUGUCGGCUUCCCGCCGGGUGGGCCUGUCCUGUGCCAACUGCCAGACCACCACCACCACGCUGUGGCGCCGCAACGCCGAGGGUGAGCCGGUGUGCAAUGCCUGCGGCCUCUACAUGAAGCUCCAUGGCGUCCCAAGGCCUCUUGCAAUGCGGAAAGAGGGGAUUCAGACCAGAAAACGGAAGCCCAAGAACCUUAAUAAAUCUAAGACACCGGCAGGUCCCUCGGGUGGUGAGAGCCUUCCUCCCGCCAGCAGUGCCUCCAGCAACUCCAGCAACGCAGCCACCAGCAGCAGCGAAGAGAUGCGUCCCAUCAAGACAGAGCCCGGGCUGUCGUCCCACUACGGGCACAGCAGCUCCAUGUCCCAGACGUUCUCAGUCAGUGCGAUGUCCAGCCAUGGGCCCUCCAUCCACCCGGUCCUCUCGGCCCUGAAGCUCUCCCCACAAGGCUACGCAUCUUCUGUCAGCCAGUCACCGCAGCCCAGCUCCAAGCAGGACCCUUGGAACAGUCUGGCCUUGGCUGACAGUCAUGGGGACAUAAUCACUGCAUAAUGUCACCUCCUUCCCUCCUCAG